AUGGCUUCUUUCUACAGGACGGCCGUAGCAGUGUGCCUCGUCGCACUCGGUGUGCUCGAAUCAGAGGCGCAACAGGGUCCUGCAACGUAUAAAUUUACAGUAGUGAAUGUAGAUGAAGACGCCUACUUGUCCGCCAACUUGGCCCGUAAUGGAAAGCUCCCAGUUCACAUCAGUGAAGUAAAGAAGGACGACAGCCUCGUCACCGCCUUAACGGAAGAAGUAACAGCCGGAGCAGAGCCCGCUGCGGAGAACUGCACUGCAUUGAUAACCUCCGAACUGAAGGCGCGCUUCCAUUACUCUUUCGAUCACGAACCCGAGUCGGAGGCCAGUUUCGACUACCGUCAAUUACUGCAAAAAGCUCUGGAAGCUGGAUUGACAGUCUUCAAGAAAGCAUACCCCAAGAGCAAAGAAGAGUGGCAAAAUAUCUGGAAGGAUGAUGCAGGAGCCAGCCUCGCGUAUCUCCUCGCGUCUAACAGCACUACAAUCGGGUGCGUCAUUGGAAGGUGUACCCAAGUAGCAACCCCAGCGGAGCCAGAAGUUCCGGAAUUACCUCACGAUGGAGCCGGAGAUUCAGGAACGCCGGAAGGAACUUUAAAAAAGGAGGCUGUACUUUUCUGCGAUCUCAAACCGCCGGCUGUGAAGGACUCUGCCCCCUUUGAUGAGGAGUAUUUCAACGGACUUAUAGAACGAACCACUCAAUUAAAAGAUAUGACAGAAGACGACUUGAAGAAUUCGGUUGGAAAUGGCCCUGUAGCAACGGCCUCUACCAUUCUAAUUGCCGGUUUGGUUGCUAUGCUGACAGCCGUCUCUGCCUAG